AUGACCCCGGGAACGAACUGGAAACCGCUCGACAUUGCGGUCAUUGGUGGAGGCAUUGGAGGCUUGGCAGUCUCGAUUGCUUUGAGGAGAGACGGGCACAAAGUCACAAUUUACGAGCGAGCAGAUUUCGCCGGCGAAGUUGGAGCAUCGAUUUCCUGCGCCGCAAACGGUGUCAAGUGGCUUCGAGAAUGGGAUGUCGAUAUCUCAAAGGGUGAUGGCGUCUACCUCCGAAAAUUGAUCAAUCGAGACUGGGCGACUGGUGAGCCGGUGUCUGUGUAUGAUCUUGGAGAUUAUGAGGAGAAAUGGGGGCACCCGUAUUACAUGUUCCAUCGUCAAGAUAUGCAUAAGAUGUUGAUGGAUACUGCGAUGCAAGAGGAAGGCAAAGGAACCCCUGUCAAGCUUGUGGUGAACCACAAGUGCCAGGACAUCAACACCGAGACUGGAGAGGUCACAUUCCACAACGGAACACAAGCCAAGCACGACGUAAUCAUCGGCGCAGACGGCAUAGGCUCUCAAGUCCGCAAGCUCAUCGGCAUCCAAGUCGAAAAGCGGCCUGCCGACUCAAGCUGUCUGCACGCCAACGUCGACACCGCCGAAGCCGUCAAACGCGGCUACGUCGACUACUCCCAAAACUCCGCCAUCGAAUACUGGGGCGGCCACCACAGCUGGAACAAAAUCGUCCUCUCCCCCUGCAACGGCGGCUCCCUGCUCUCCUACUACUGCUUCUUCCCGCGAGAAAAAGGCGACUACUCGGAACAAAAAUGGGACGCGGACGCGUCCGUCUCCGAACUCCUCGCUCCAUACCCCGACCUCGACCCCAACGGCGUCCACAAACACCUGGAAAUCGGAAAAGAAAUCCGGCCCUGGCGCCUCUGGGUCCACGAGCCUUACUCCCACUGGCAAAAAGGCGUAGCCUGCAUCAUGGGCGACGCCGCACACCCCAUGAUGCCCGACCAAAGCCAAGGCGCCUGCAUGGCCCUCGAAGACUCCGCCGCAUUAGGCCUCGUCUUUUCCCAAGAAUUCUACCCCGGCUCCAUUCCCUCCGCUUUGCAACUCUACGAGAACGUCCGACAUUGGAGAGCUUCCCGCGUCCAAGCGGCUUCGGCGCGCGCGCGAGAGAAUAUUCACGAACGAAUCGGUUUUACGGAUAAUACGGACAAUCCGCUGUAUAAGGUUCAGGAUGAGAGGAAUAAGUUGACGAUUCAGGAGAUGAAUUCUUAUGAUAUGAGGGAGGAUGUGAAGACGUUCAGUAGACAUGCCUAA